AUCAAGCUCGCACAGCAUGCCUACUCCGGUCUCUUUGGGACGUUCCUAUUCAACUCUCGACGGGAAUCUAAAAUGAUGAAGGAAGAAAUACAAGCAGAGCCGGUUUCGAUCUGGAGAUUUCUCGGAAAACAUAAUGAGCAAGUCGUUAGCUCACUUUACGACAAAGCAAUUAAAGGAAGAAUUACGUUCGACACCGAGAUGAGCACUUUGCGCGAGUGGAUUGAAGUAUAUCGGGACCGUUCUUUCGAUGAUGACAUAGCAGUUCCUACAUACUCUGCACGUCCUGUCUCCAUCCCACCACCUCUGAAGGAAGCGUGCCCUAAUGCUAGCACAGUGAUCAAUCCUGCAGCUCCAUUGCAGAAGAGCAAAAGCAGCGAAAGUAUCAAUUCAAUCACAAACGUGGAUGCUGCCAACAUCAAUGGGAUGUAA